UCCAGGGGCUUUAUUACCGGGUUCAAUGGGGCAUCUGCUAACAAGACAAAAACAGCAGCAGCAGGUUCAGAGAGUAGCAGCUACCCUCACCUACGACACAUUGAGGUUUGCAGAGCUGGAGGAGUUCCCACAGACUGAGGAACCCGUGUGGAUUCUGGGACGGGAGUCCAGCUCUCUCACAGAGAAAGAUGACAUUCUGUGUGAUAUUUCUUCUCGCCUCUGGUUCACUUACAGAAAGAAUUUUCCACCUAUCGGAGGGACAGGCCCCACCUCUGAUACUGGCUGGGGUUGCAUGCUGCGAUGUGGGCAGAUGAUUCUGGGAGAAGCCCUGGUCUUCAGGCACCUGGGCCGAGACUGGAGGUGGGUGAAAGGAAAGAGGCAGAGAGAGGAGUAUUAUAGCAUUCUUAAAGCCUUCAUUGACAAGAAGGACAGCUACUACUCUAUACACCAGAUAGCUCAGAUGGGUGUGGGGGAGGGGAAAUCCAUUGGACAGUGGUAUGGACCAAAUACAGUUGCACAGGUGCUAAAGAAACUGUCAGUGUUUGACUCCUGGAGCCGUCUCGCUGUUCAUGUAGCCAUGGACAACACUGUGGUCAUUGAGGAAAUCAAGCGGCUGUGCAUGCCAUGGCUGGACUAUGCCGGAGCUGCUGCCUUCCUGGACCCCGACCUGGAGCGGGAGCUCAAUGGCUUCACGGAGGGAGCCUGUGCGCAGGACCAGUCUGCUGUGUGGAAACCGCUGGUGCUGCUGAUCCCACUGCGGCUGGGGCUGAGCGAAAUCAACGAGGCCUACAUCGAAACACUCAAGAAGUGCUUCAUGCUGCCCCAGUCACUAGGAGUGAUCGGGGGGAAACCCAACAGUGCCCACUACUUCAUCGGCUAUGUAGGAGAGGAGCUGAUCUAUCUAGACCCCCACACCACGCAACCCUCUGUGGAGCCCUGCGAUGAUGGGCUGGUUCCUGAUGACAGCUACCACUGCGAGCACCCGCCCUGCCGCAUGCACAUCCGCGAGCUCGACCCGUCCAUCGCUGUGGGUUUCUUCUGUAGUACGGAGGAGGAUUUCGAUGAUUGGUGUUUGCACAUUCGGAAGAUGUCCGGGAGAAGAGACGCAUUGCCAAUGUUUGAGCUGGUGGACAGACAGCCUUCUCACUUCAUGAGCUCAGAUGUACUGAACACCCCAGGUGGUUCAGAAAAUCAAACUGGGGGGAGAAACACCAGCAUGAUUGAUAGAGGUGAAGAGCAGCAGUAUUAAACUGUGCCACUGUCAUUCAUUCAUUGAUUUCUCUGACUCUGAUCACCUGGAGAGGUUCUUUGACUCUGAGGAUGAGGAGUUUGAGAUCCUGUCUCUUUGAAGAGGACUGUGUCCAGACUAGGAGGUCUGUCAGGAAGAGGGCUGGGGAAAGGACUAAUAUCUCACAUCAACUGAUCCCAGCAUUUAACGCAUAGUGUAAUCCAGACCCACCCUGGAGCAAAGCUUCCUGUCUGAUCAACUACUACAGACUUAACUUUCACUACAAAGACUUGUGUAAGGGGUGGGGAUUGAUUAUUUUUGUGUUUUGUUAUUUUAAGUUCACAAUUUGCACAUUUUUUUGUUUUAUUAAAAAAAAAAAAAAAAAGAAAUAAUAAAGUUGCGCUGUGCUUUGUUGGCAAAACCGAACAGCAUUGUAUCCGAA